AUUUUAACAGGGGUGUGUAGACUUUUUAUAUCCACUGUAUGUCAAAAUUGAAGGCUCAUGCUUUAGUUUGCAGAGAUGAAGCUUUCUUUUUAGUCACAUCUUUUUAAAAUAAGUUACAGUAUAUGAAGUUCAGAACUGGGUUAUACACUGCAAUUUAGAGAAAUCUAGUUAUCUGAAACCAAAAAAUUGACUCAGGUAAAUAUUUCCUGAUUUAUUUUUUUUUUAUUUUUUUUUUGCAUCCUGACAUUUCUAGAAUUUAUUUUGCAGGGCCUUGACUAAACACAGCCUUGGUAAUGGCUCUUGCUUUCAAAUGAGUUUCAUAAUAAUUUGUUUGUCCUGCAACAGUGUCAAUGUUAGUGUCGUUCACAAAGGUUUUCCCCAGUGCAGCAACAUUCAUAUACUGAGCUGCUGAGGUAGCAAGCUGCUGGCUUUGUAGGUUUGCCAGGGGGUGGCACAGCAAACACAGAUAAAAUGGGCUAAAGUAACCUAAAUAUUAGGAAAUAAAUUUUAAAAAGCCAAACAAUUUAACUAAAGUGUAGUUUACCGGCAUUUAUAUUUGGGAAAGUGGGAUUUAACCACAGUGAGGUCGUUUCACACGUCCAGAUAUUAAGGGAAAAUGUAAAAAUAAGGAAAAAUGCAAACAUGGAAAUGGUUUGUAUUUUUAAAUUACAUUUCACAUUGACAGGCAUCAGACCUAUUUCAUGUUUGCAGAUCUUUUAUUUCUAAAUAGCAACAUAAAACAUUGGAAAAAGUUAAUAGCUACUCAGAUGAGAAAACACCACCACUCCUACUGACUGAACCUAGAUUUUGAACAUCAGAGGAGAUGAACUCUCAAAGUUUCUUUUUUUAUUAACUGUGGUGCUGAAUGUCUCUCUUCAUGCAGUUAUUACAAAAUUGCUCCUGAAGGUUAAAUUUGAUAAUUCCUCUUCCACACAUUUGAUGAAGCCUUGCACCCGCAGGCUUGAUUCAUUUAGAUCCAGAUUUAAAAUGGACACUUUUGUCCAGCCAGGCUUCUGUGGCGCGGGAGAUAAGAGACGCUGUGAAGGCCUUUGAACUACAGAGCUUCAAUGGCAACUUCAAUUGACCUUUUAUUUUCCACUUUGCAUUGAAAGCAACCAGUUCCUUUUAUUUUCCUCAGCAACCAAUUGGUCCACUCCCAAUUUAUAUGGAUUUCUUUAUGUCUGAUGUUCCGCCUUAAUGCUCUGGUCUGAUGUUACAGGUUUUUAUUUUUUGGCACCCUAACCUGUUGUUGCACCCUCCCACGCCAUUUGCGUGGCAACCCUUGACCAGGCCAGCUUCUGCUGCCUUUUUCUUUCCUCAUGUUGAAUUCUAAUCAUUACUUUCAAAGGAAAGCGUCUCCAAAGCUCCUUUAUCAAGUAAACAUACUGGGAGGAGGGAGGCCACAGCCCCACCCACUCAGGCUGCUCUUCUUAGCUCUUCUGUUCUGAAAACUGGAGCAUUUUCUAUUUGUAAGGGGCUUCUUUCAGUUGGGGAAAAGGACAACAUAUGGAAGAAGAAGUGGCAUAUAAAAAGGAGCUGUGUGUGAUCUAAUUUCAGCUCUGCAGUGAUGCCAUGAGGUUGAUUCUGGUUAAACCCACCAAUGCAACACGACGUCUUGACUCAACAGGCGAAGUUUUCCACGACGGGGACCAUGAGCACUGUAUCUCAGGAGGUCCACCCCUUCCGAAGAAGACCCCUGAGGGGAAGAGUGAUCGAUACUCUGCAACCUCGGUUGAAACAUCUUCAUCCCCACAGGAGAAGAGUUUGCACUGUGUUUCAUCUUCACCACACCAAAGAUCAAAUGGAAUCAGUCCUCUAAGAGUUUCAGCCCAAAUGUCACCACUGAAAGCCAGAAAUCUAACCUUAUCACAGCUGAAUGAUAAGGAGUGGUUGCUGCUUUGUGACCAGGUUAUCAGUGUAGGUGAUAAUUCAUCCUUGGCACAGAGAGCAGGGAACAGUGUCGGACAUCCAAACCCCAGCGACAGAUGUGGUUGUUCCUGUCCUGACGCUCAUCAGCAUUCAGAGGCUUCUACUUUUCAGCCACAAUCAAAACAUGGCACAGCCCAAGACUGCCUCACCAAGGUUACAAAUAAGAGAAGCCUUUCAUCUUCACAACACAGCCAGCCUUUCUCUCAAAACACCCAAGUUUCAUCCACUUGCCAACUUUUACCACAGCAAACAAACCAAAGGGAUCUACUGAAACCUGCAACAAACCAGCCACAGGAUAACUUCAUGCCUCAGUUCAGUGUCCAAGAAAGUCAAGAGGAUCUUUUCCAGCAACAGCCUUGCAGUCAUUUUAAACUCAAACGCAGCAGUCAAGCAAACUGUUCAAAUUUGUUCAACAUUCCUCUAAACUCCAUCGGGUGUGCCGAGACAAAUAAGAAACCAGAAAUCAGAAACCACCAGCAGCCUCAACUUGCUGUCAGUGCAGACUGGAGAGAGCUUUUUCGUAAGGAACCACUGUUAGUUCAGCGGGGCCAAAAGCAAGACUCUCACUGCUCAAUAACUGGUGAACAAACCUGCAAGUCAUCAGGAGAUGCCACCAUCACCCUCAAGUGCCGUCAUCUUCCAUACAACCCUGUGACCAGUACUCCACGGGUGAAGCGGUCAUCCACUCCAACUAGUAAUAGAAGUGUCCAGUCCUUCUCCACCAGCCAGUACAGUUCAGUAGAGAACCAGGAUUUAGAUGAGGAGAGAACAAGACACCACCAUAGUCAGCACCUCAGUGGAUCAAAAGCCUCCCUCCCUAAACACACUGCUCAAACAUCUGACACCUUAGAAACGAAUGACAUAGUUAACGGGGAUGCAGUGCGAUUGCUGAGCAGCCACAGCACUUUAAAAUCCAGCCUUGCAGAUCUUCAGGCAAGCCAGCAGCCUCUUCAGUUUUUUCACAGUACCAUCCUCGAGGACGCCUUCUCCAAAGUCAUCAGAGAAGACUCUAGUAAGGCCAAUAGUGAGAACCUGACCAGAGAGGAUGGCAGCAUACCACAGAAGAAGACCAAAGAUAUUAGUUACCGGCUGGGUCAGAGAAGAGCUCUCUUUGGGAAGCGCAAACAACUGAGUGACUAUGCCUUGGUCUGUGGGAUGUUUGGCAUUAUUGUCAUGGUGAUAGAGAUGGAGCUGUCGAGAGGAUUCUACAGCAAGCUGUCCAUAUAUUCAUAUACACUGAAGGGCCUGAUCAGCAUUUCUACUGCUAUUCUUCUUGGACUGAUUGUAAUGUACCAUGCAAGGGAAAUCCAGCUCUUUAUGGUGGACAAUGGGGCAGAUGAUUGGAGGAUAGCUAUGACCUUUGAACGAAUUCUCCUUGUCAUGUUGGAGCUUCUCGUUUGUGCCAUCCAUCCAAUCCCGGGCCAGUAUGUGUUCACCUGGACGGCUCGACUGGCCUUCAGCUACACAGCAUCAGUAGCCGACACUGAUGUUGACAUCAUCCUCUCUGUACCGAUGUUCCUGCGCCUCUACCUGAUUGGUCGAGUCAUGCUGCUCCACAGCAAGCUGUUCACAGAUGCUUCCUCACGCAGCAUCGGGGCACUCAACAAGAUCAACUUUGACACUCGUUUUGUUAUGAAGACUCUGAUGACCAUCUGCCCUGGUACAGUCCUGCUGGUCUUCAGUGUGUCCUGUUGGAUCAUUGCAGCAUGGACUGUGCGUAUAUGUGAGAGGUAUCAUGAUGCACACGAGGUAACUAGUACCUUUCUUGGAGCAAUGUGGCUGAUCUCCAUCACCUUCUUGUCCAUUGGCUAUGGAGACAUGGUCCCUCAGACCUACUGUGGAAAAGGUGUUUGCCUGUUAACUGGGAUUAUGGGAGCAGGCUGUACAGCUUUAGUUGUCGCAGUUGUUGCAAGAAAAUCGGAGCUCACCAGAGCCGAGAAGCACGUCCAUAAUUUCAUGAUGGAUACUCAGUUGUACAAAAAGAUAAAAAACACAGCAGCCAAUGUGUUGAGGGAGACGUGGCUUAUCUACAAAAACACCAAGCUGGUCAAGAAGAUUGACCACGCCAGAGUACGCCACCAUCAGCGUAAAUUCCUGCAAGCCAUCCACCAACUGCGAAGAGUCAAAAUGGAGCAAAGGAAACUAACUGACCAGGCCAAUACAGUGGCUGAUCUUGCUAAGACGCAGAAUAUAAUGUAUGAUUUGGUGUUGGAGCUGCAGCAUCGAAGCGAGGAGCUGGACAGAAGGAUUGUAGCUCUGGAAGAGAAACUGGACUCUAUUCUCCACAGUGUACAUUCACUGCCCAUUGUGCUUUCGCAAGCCAUAGCAAAGCUACAAAAGGAUUUCCUGGACAACUUGGCCUGUCGAGUCCACCUCCUGUCAUCCUCCCUGAGCUCUGAGUGUUGUCCAGUCCCUGCCAGGCACCUCUGUCCAGGAUCAACCCCACUAGAGACAACAUACAACUGAAUGGCUCAGUGGUUUUCCUGUUAGUGCGCAACCUUUUUUCAUGCUAGGAAGGAUUUCCUCAACAUGCACUCUGUUUUUGGUAAUGCUCUGCUAUACAUUCAUACAGUUACAGACAUUCACUUCUGGUAGUUACAGCUACUGUCUGAUGCUGAGCAGCUCCAAUGACAGGCUUCAGUCAGGGGAUGCUAGAGGAAAGACAUCACGCCUUCAUUUCCCAGGGACUGGGUUUUCACCCACAAAUAAACUAUCAUCAGUCGAUAGAGCCCUCUUGGAUAUCACCCCAGAGAUCCAGUGACUUAAAAUAUAACUGUUAUUGUCAAUUAAAAAGCUAUGAAUGGAAGCUAUUGUUAAAUGUGUAAAGAAAUAUUAAAGGAUAUCUGACAGACUUCAUCUGGAUUUGGCACCUGGACCUUAUAGAACAUUUUAUAAGUUUCAAAUAACACUGCAACUUCCAAGGACCAUCCCAAUACUUUUGCCAUAAUUACUAUUCACUUACUUAUAUAGCUCACAGUUUUGAUUUUUUUGUUUUGUUUUUUGAGAUAUAAUUUCCAUAAUAUUUUGCUGCUUCCAAUAAAUGUUCCGGCAUAGGCCUGUCUAUAUAUUUGUGGUAUCAUGAUUUUUAAGUUGUAAACUGAAAAACCUUCUUAAAAGAAAAAAGGUUACUUAGGUAAAAGUAUAAAGGUAUUUGCAUCAAAAUAUACUUGGAAGUACCAAAAGUAGAGAUGUAUUAUUAUGUACAUCACUUUUCUUGUAUAUUGGGUGGAUGGAGCUAAUUCUAACUACCCUAUGCUCUAUUGAUCAUCUGCUGUUUUGAAUGUUAUGAUUAAAAUUUAAAGAACUUUACUGCAAGGAAUCUUGGGAAUUUUCCACCCUGGAUCAACAAACUCUUAUGAUAAUACUGUAUUUAGUUUUAUUAAUCUGAUUCUGAAAAGAUUCUA